AUGCCAUUGAUGGCUCUGGUGCUCGGGCGUUUAACGGCUAGCUUGACACAAUUCGGGAGCGCCGAUGCUCAAGUGUGUCGCAGCGAGUUUAUGCGACAAGUAGAAACAAAUACGCUCUGGUUUAUCUAUUUGUUCAUCGGCAAGUUUGUACUUGUUUACAUAUGGGGUUUUGGCUUCACCUUUGCCGCCAGCGGCAUGGUACAAGCACUCCGCCUCGAGUGCCUUGACCGCAUCCUGAGUCGCACCGUUUCCGAGCACGAUGCCCGAACACCCGGCAGUCUGUCAAGCGUAAUCACAGAGCAGUGCAACGCGAUCCAGACCGUCUUCUCCGACCGGAUAGGUAUAAUGGUACAGGCAUCGUCCACCAUGAUUGCCGCUUUUGUCGUGGCCUUCACGCAGUCAUGGCAGCUCACCCUAGUGAUGCUGGGCUUGAUGGUGCUGACGAUAGGCCUGGUCGGAACGGUUGUCAACACGGACCAGAAAAUUGAGGCCGGGCUUCUAAAGCGCUACGAGUCCUGCAUCGCCAUUGCGGAGGAGGCCCUGGGUAACAUCAGGACGGUCAUUACCUUUGGGGCGGCCGAUAAAUUUCUGAGCAAGUACCGGGGCAUCUUGGACCAGGCAGAGAGGGACGGAAAGAACAGGGGUCCCUUGGUUGGACUGAUGUUUUCCUGCCAGUAUUUCUUCGUCUUCGGUGGCUGGGCCAUCGGCUUUUAUCUGGGCGGGUACCUUUACAGCACUGGACGCAUCUCAGAUCCGGGAAGAAUCCUAGCGGUGUUCUUCUCCAUGCUGAUAGGCCUAGGCUCGAUAUUGGCCUUGGGUCCUAACAUGCCUACUGUCCAGCGGGCUGUGGCUGGGGCGGGCGUUGUCCUUAAGCUUCUUGGUGAUGACAGUAAUACCGAGACGAAGCCAAGAGACAAGGCCAUUUCGGUACCGAGGAUAGAAGCCGAGAAACAGACUUCUGGCGGCCUGGUUCAGCUGCACGACCUUUCUUUCUCCUACCCAUCUCGCCCGGGCCGCCCAGCCCUUUCCAACCUCAACCUCGACUUCGUCAGCGGCACGUCCACUGCUGUGUGCGGGCCUUCGGGAGCAGGCAAGAGCACACUGAUAUCCCUUUUGGAACGGUGGUACGAGCCAACCGCUGGCUCGAUUCUCAUCGAUGGCCAUGACGUCGCCGGGGUUGACGUCCAAUGGCUGCGGAGACAGAUUGCGCUCGUACAGCAGGAGCCACAGCUAUUCAGUGGCUCGAUAUUCGAAAAUAUUGCCCAUGGCCUGGUCGGUACGGGCUACGAGAACGUGUCUGAGGAGGAGAAAAGAAAACUUGUCGAGAAAGUGUGUCAGGAAGCACGAGCAUCCGGCUUCAUCGCCAAGUUACCCCAGGGACUCGAUACGCUUGUUGGAAACCAAGGGUCGCUCGUAUCCGGGGGGCAAAAGCAGCGCAUCGCCAUCGCGCGUGCGCUCAUAGGCCGACGCCCGAUUCUUCUCCUGGAUGAAGCCACGAGCGCGCUCGACAGCGCAAACUCAACCCUCAUUGAGCACCUCAUGGAACCUUCCCCGGACCGAACAACCAUCUUCAUCUUGCACAAGAUCGCGACGGGUAAGCGAGCCAGUAGGGUGGUGGUUCUGGACCAGGGAACCGUCGCCGAGCAGGGCACCCAUGAAGAGCUCAUGCGCGCCGACGGCCUGUACAAAAGGCUUCACGAUGCCCAAAUGUCGGUUGAGGGAGAGAAGAGUGCGGCAAGCACAGUGGCCGGAGACACCCAACCAUCAAAGGAGGAGGGCUCUGCACCAGCAGCCGAUGAAGAAGAGCUAAUGGCAGCCCCCGACUCCCCGUUGCAGCUGAGCGAUGAGUUUCCCCAGAUUCCCAAGCGCUCCCUGAUGGCCAAUCUCUGGACCAUCGCUAAGGAGCACAGGCGCUUCUGGCCAAUCUUCGUGACGGGUAUCUGUGGCUCCGUCGUGACGGCACAGCUCUUCCCGGUGCAGGGCAUUCUCCUCGGGAGGGUCAUGCAAUCCUUCCAGAAACCGCUUGCCGAGCUAGUCUCGGACGCCAACUUUUACGCCCUCAUGUUCUUCGUCGUCGGCGUCGGGGCUCUGAUUUCCUACGCCGUGGUGGGCUACUUCAUGACGCUCCUCGGCGUCCGCCUCACCAAGUUCUACCGGUUCGAGUACUUCCGCGCCGUCCUGCUCCAGCCGCGCAUCGACUUCUUCGACCGCGCGGCGCCCGGCACUCUGGCGUCGCGCCUGUCCGCGGAUCCCGCAAGCCUCCACGAUCUCAUCUCGGUCAACCUGGGGUUCUUGGUCUCCAUGGUCGUGACCCUCAUCAGCGGAAGCGUCAUUGCGCUGGCAUACUCGUGGAGGCUGGGGCUGGUCGCCAUCUUCGGCGCCAUGCCGUUUGUCUUUGCCGCCGGCUUCGCCCGCAUGAAGCUGGACUCGUCGCUGGCCGGCUUGACGGCAAAGAUCUUUGAGGACAGCGCCGGGUUCGCGUUUGAUGCGCUUUCUGUGAUCCGCACCGUCAAAGCGUACACCCUCGAAGACACGGUGCGAAGGUCGUAUCAAGGACAGCUGGCCUCGACCAUCGGGAAACUGUAUCGACAAACGGCCCUCAUGAUGCUCUUCUUUGCUAUGUCGGAGAGCGUCGAGCUGUUGGCGGCGGCCUUGACCUUUUGGUACGGGGGAAGACUGAGGAGCGAUGGACAGCUGAGUGUCGAAGCUUUCUUCACCGUGUUUAUCUCGGUUGUGGUCUCGGGGCAAGCCUCGGGGGCCAUCUUUGGCUUCUCAUCCAACAUCGGCAAGGCCAAGAUUGCAGCGAACAAUAUCCUCGGUCUCCGCAGCCAACUUGGUAGUCAAGCCGGACCGCAGGACGAGUCCUCGGACAACCACACUCAUAGGGAGCAGGGGACGGGGGCCGUUGUAGACUUUGACAAAGUCACUUUCGCUUACCCGACCCGGCCUGGCGUAUCGGUGCUGAAAAAUGUCUCCCUGCAAGUCUUUCCCGGCCAGACGAUUGGAAUAGUCGGAGCCUCGGGCUCGGGCAAGUCCACGCUACUUGCACUCCUGCAACGCUUCUACGAGCCCCGUUCCGGAACGCUGAGUGUCUUCGGAAGGCCACUGUCACAGCAGGAUCCAGAUGCAUACCGCCGGAGAUUGGCAGUUGUGUCGCAGGAGCCCACCUUGUUCCGAGGUUCAAUCCGCGAGAAUAUCCUUCUCGGUGUAGACGGGGACCAAGUUAGUGAGGAGGAAAUGGUGCAGGCUGCCGAAGCCGCCCACUUGACCGACUGCAUCGCCUCGCUUCCGGAAGGCUAUGACACCGACUGCGGCGCCAGGGGUAUUAGCUUAUCCGGAGGACAGAAGCAGCGCGUUGCGAUUGCGAGGGCACUUGUUCGAAAACCUGAGCUUUUGCUGCUCGAUGAACCCACGAGCGCCUUGGAUGCAGAGUCCGAACGGCUUGUCAUCGACACGUUUCAGAGUAUACGAAAGGGACGGACACUGAUUCUCGUGACCCAUCGUCUCAACAUUCUCAAAGACGCCGAUCUCAUAGUCGUCAUGCACGCAGGCGGGGUCAUCGAACAAGGAACACACGGUGAGCUCAUGGUUCGCCGGGGGCAUUAUUACAGAAUGCAUCAAUCGGCACUUGGAGAGGGGAUGUAGCAUAAGCCGUACUCUUCGGUUGUUCCCGAGCAUGAUCCAUCGCUGGAAACCUUGGUAGCAUAACUCCUUACCUUGUGAUGAGCUAAAUACCUUAAUUCUUAUUCUUCCUACA